CUGCAGACUUGUUAUUGUUUUGUUUUGGUUCUUGAUCAAAAAUAAACAAUGUAAAAAUGUUUUUUAAAAGAAGUACGACGGUGAAAUACAGUAUAGCAGCGUUGGUAGUGGCCGUUUUGUAUUGCGAGUGGUUUAUUUAUUUGGCACAGCCAUUUUACUGGCCUAGCCUGGAGUGUGAAGGUGUUGAUGCUUCCUGUACCCGUGUGUUGUUCAUAGCCGACCCUCAGAUACAGGGUGACACGGCUGUAGCUCCUCCCCUCAGCUACCUUUUCAACUGGGAUAGCGACAGAUACCUGAAGUCAACAUUUUCUGUAGUUCUAAACCAUUUCAAACCAGAUGUCCUAGUCUAUAUGGGUGACUUGAUGGAUGAAGGCUCCAUAGCUACCAUGCAGCAGUUCCAUGGUUAUGUGAAGAGGCUGUCCAAAAUUUUUGAGAUAAAUUAUUCUGUUGUUCAAAUAUGGCUUCCAGGAGAUAAUGACAUAGGCGGAGAGGGUGAGCCAAUAAAGAAGGACAAAGUGAAGGAGUUUGCUGAAGUUUUCGAGCAGCCAGAUGUGAUAACAUUCAAGAACAUUUCAUUCUACAAGGUCAACGGCAUCACUUACACUGUGCCUCAUGAAAUGGAACUUGUAGAUAAUAACUACAAAAUUGUGGUCUCCCACUAUCCUGUUACACAUAAACAUAGCUUUAUUCAUAAGAUGAACGCUAAAAUCCGUCCAGACAUUUACUUCAGUGCUCACGACCACGAUUCAAAGUACGUGAAGCAGAAGAGAGACCUCACGCAACGGCAGGCACUAUAUCCGUUGUACAGUGUGCUGCACAUACCUAGAGGCGACUGGUUGUACGAGAUAUCUGUGCCGACAUGUUCCUACAGGAUGGGGACUAGUAAGAUUGGAUAUGGAGCUGCUGUUUUCGAAAACAACAACAGUCUUCUACAUUACACCGUGUUCUGGUCGCCGCAGAGGUUUCCAUAUUUGCUAUUCUAUGCUUUUGUACUUAUUCCGCUGUGUUUGUACUGCCUUAUAUUCUGUCAAUACAGACUCUUGCGGUGUCGCGAGACAACCAGUAGGAAAACUGAUGAAGUACCACUUUUGAAGAGAGUUUAAGAGAAACCGUGACCACUUACCAUCAGACCGUACGCUUGUUGUCUAUAAAAAAGAACUAUACCACUGUAAGGUACAUGGCACCAUUUUUAAAUAUGUAUGAUUUCCGGGAUUCGAUCUUAUAUGAAUAUGACCUCCAGAGGGGUUAGUGCGAGUUUUACUCGAUCAAACGCGUCGAGAAAGUAACCGCGAAUUUGUAUGAGAUUUUAUCAGCGCCACCUAGUGGUAACGCGAUGGCACUAAUGCCAUUCCUUACAAAUUCGUGAUUACUCGCUACUCGCGAGUAGAACUCGCACUAACCCCUCUGGUCUAUAGACAAAUGUUUAUGAGGCUUAUGACUUAUCUUCUCUAGCUCUUUCUAUUUGGUUAAUAGGAAUAGAUAGAGAUAACAUAUAUGCCAUAACAAAAUAUAAUCCACCGCUCUUGGUCACAAGGGAAUUCGAAUUUACCUUGGAGGAAGUUGCCAAAAAAGGAACAAUAAACAUCCAUUUUGGAAACGCCAAAGAUAUUUAUUAAGCUUUCUGUGGUAUAUAGCGCACAGGUUAUUGAAGGUUCAAUUUUAUAUUUAAUAUUUUUUUUUUAAUUUUAGCUAAUACUGCAAUACUGAUUAUAAGAUUAAAAUAUUAUAAAUAAAAAGUAUGAGGCCCAUCUUUAAUAGAUUUUGUAUUAUUAUGGGGUUGCCAACUUUAAAUGAAGAAUUUAACAUUGAAAUAUUGUAAACACUGUACUGAUUUUCGUAUCUAUAAAUGUUCCAUAUGUUCUUCUCUGAAUGAUGAACAAACAAAUACACUUUUAAUUCCUUUUUUUUUCUGAUGCAUAUUAGAAAUUUUAUUUAGAUUUUUUUUUGGUGUAAGAUGUUUCCUUUUUUUAUAUAGGUUAUGUAAAAUUAACACUGUUGAGUAAUUACAAUGAUGUGUCAAACAUUCCUUAAUUUAGCUCUUAUUUAUAUAGCUUAGCAUUUGCCCCAUUUUGCAUUCCACAGUUAUUAUUAUUA